AUGGAAACAGAGAACCACACACUGAUAUCAGAAUUUCUCAUCCUGGGUUUCUCAGAUGAUCCUGAACUGCAGCCCAUUCUUUUUGGACUGUUCCUGUCCAUGUAUCUGGUCACAGUGCUUGGGAACCUGCUCAUCAUCCUGGCUGUCUGUUCCAACUCCCACCUCCACAACCCCAUGUACUUCUUCCUCUCCAAUCUGUCCUUUAUUGACAUCUGUUUCAUCUCAACUACAAUUCCAAAGAUGCUGAUGAACAUAUGGUCACAGAGAAAAGACAUCUCCUAUACAGAAUGCCUUACACAAGUAUAUUUUUUUAAUACUUUUGCUGGAAUGGAUAAUUUUUUACUCACUUUAAUGGCCUAUGAUCGAUUUGUAGCCAUCUGUCACCCCCUCAAUUACACUGUUAUCAUGAACUCUCGGGUGUGUGCCCUUCUGGUUCUGAUUUUUUGGAUCAUUAUGUUUUGGGUAUCCCUGAUUCAUAUUCUAUUGAUGAAUGAACUGAACUUCUCCAGAGGCACUGAAAUUCCACAUUUCUUCUGUGAACUGGCUCAGGUUCUCAAGGUAGCCAACUCUGACACUCACAUCAAUACUGUUUUUAUGUAUGUGGUGACUUCCCUGCUAGGUGUGAUUCCUAUGACUGGAAUCCUUAUGUCUUACUCACAGAUUGUCUCAUCCUUAUUAAAGAUGUCCUCUACUGUGAGUAAGUACAAAGCAUUUUCUACCUGUGGGUCUCACCUCUGUGUAGUCUCCUUGUUCUAUGGGUCAGGACUUGGAGUUUACUUCAGUUCUUCUGUUGUCCAUUCUUCCCAGAGAAGAAUGCUUGCCUCAUUGAUGUAUACUGUGAUCAGCCCCAUGCUGAAUCCCUUCAUCUAUAGCCUGAGAAACAAGGAUGUGAAAGGUGCCCUUGGAGAACUUUUCAUCAGAGUUGCCUCUUGUCCAUCUUGGAUUAUUGACAUCAGAACUAAAUUCAUAUUGAGAACUCUAAGGAAAAUUUUAUGA